UUAAUGCUUUCCGAAUUACGUCGCUACGCAACCGUAUAAAUAUUGCUGCGCGAGCUGUAUUUUUAGCUUACUAAUUUUUAUAAUUCUACAUUAUUGUUCGAAAGGAGAAAGGAAUACUUAAGGAUUUACAACAUGGCUGCAACUAAUUCUUUGAUUUUAUUGAUUUUCGCCAUUGCAAUUGAAGUGACUUUGGCCUGCAACGGGUACAAGGCUAGAAUUGUAAAGUUGGAAAAUUGCGGUGGUUCCGAUGCCGUUAUUACUUUGGACGAGGCUUUUUCUGUGAAGCUUAAUAAGAAGUGUGAAAUUGUACCGUCUGGCUGCGUAACAAACAAAGCCUUCAGCACAGCUGUUUCGAAGUUUAAAUUGCAAAAGGAUGGCGUCGUAUUGAAGGAGGGUAAAUUCGACCUCUGCGCAGCCGCCGAACAUGUUUCGAAUGAAGCAAAGGAUAUGCUGAAGCUAUUUGGUGCACCAGCUAGUUGCCCCGUGCCAGCCGAGAAAAUAUGCGCAAACGAUCAUCGUGUAGACUUGUCCAAAUACAAGGCAAUGUUGAGCAUGGCCAAAGGCAAUAUUAUUCUCGAUUCGGAUAUUACACACGACACUGGUAAAUCAUGUUUCCACAUUGAGCUGGAGAUUUCAAAAAGCUAAAUCAGUUACUGUAAUGUAAUCCAAUAAGCAAAUAUUUUAUGCUUUAUUGAUGUUAAUUUAAAUGAAAUAUUUUAAUAAAUUCAAGCAAUUCAUCAA